AUGUGCGACUGCAGUCCCAAGCUGCUGUUCCCCAUUCCCUGGCAGAGGAAGGUCCUCUUCAGGGAUAGGAACUGUGACCUUGACUCUCCAAAGGGGUUACUUUACAAACAACCAGGUAUAACAUUGGGGCGCUGCGAUGUGGUGGCUGUAACCCCCUGGUCGGCACCAAUUGUCUGGGAAGAAACUUUUGACCCUGUUUUAGUUGACGCCAUAUACAAGCCAAAGAAUCUGACCAUUGCUACAACUGUGUUUGCCAUUGGAAAGUAUAUCAGGUUUCUGCGUGAUUUCUUGGAAACAGCAGAGAAGCACUUUAUGGUUGAUUUCAAAGUGCACUAUCACAUUUUCACUGACCAGCCUCAAGAAGUGCCAUCAGUGAAUCUGGCUGCUGGAAGAAAAAUCUUUGUCCAUCAGGUGCCGAAGUUAAACCGCUGGCAGGACAUUUCUGCUUCGAGGAUGCAGAUGAUCCAGACCAUCAUUGAGGAGCAGCUUCACCGAGAGGCAGAUUACAUCUACUGCCAGGAUGUCGAUGCAAAAUUCCACUUUCGCUGGGGUGCAGAGACACUGGAUCGGCUAGUUGGCCAAAUACACCCUUGGUUCUAUGAUUUGAGUCGCGACCAGUUUACUUAUGAACGGCGUCCUGAGUCUACGGCCUAUAUUCCUCCUGGGGAGGGAGACUUCUAUUACAUUGGAGCCAUGUUUGGGGGCAGAGUUGAGGAAGUCUAUAAACUGGUUAAAAGGUGUCAUGAGAAUCUAGAAGCAGACAAAGCAAAUGGAAUAGAGGCAGCCUGGCAGGAAGAGAGCCACCUAAACUGGUACCUGCUUUACAAUAAACCAUCUAAGAUUUUGUCCCCAGAGUACCUGUGGGAUGACAAAAGGGAUAAAACAAAUGUUAUGAAAGUUGUUCGCCUUUCACAUAUCCUGAAGAACUAUGCAGAAGUAAGAGAAAAUGCAUAG